AUGUCGUCCCCAUCCACACCACGCUCGACGCGUUCCGCAUCGCCUGCGGGCGAUUCACCGAACAUUAUCACGCCCGGUCAAAAAAUCAAAGCUUUGAUGGCCGAAUUCGAUAGCGAUUCCGAAGAUGAAAGUCGGAUUGCCAAAUCCACAACCGGUGUUUCUAAACUAAACCUACAUGAACCAACCUCAGUCAGGACGAGCGCAAAGGAACCAUCCCACGACUCGGAAUCGGAAAGUGAGGAUGAUAUUGCUCGCCCCAAGGGUCGGAUGGCGGCUCGAAUGCAGGGCAAUUUAUCCAAGUCACCUGCAGCCGACCAUGACUCCACAAUCUCUGCCAUCUCAAAGGUGCCACAUUCCGACAAUGCUCAAACAUCAAAGCCAAGGCAAACCGAGCCCGAGCCCACAUUGAACGAAUCUAGCGAUGAGGAUCUGCCCACGGCAGGUCCGAGGAGAAAGGCCAAAGACAUCUCCAACUCGUCAACACCCGAGCCCCAAAACGCUGCCGCCCGAUCAGAUUCUCCCCUUUUUGUUUCCGCGCCCGGAGAUUCUGAUGCCAAAAAGGACAACGAAGUCAACGAACCCAUGCAGCCGAAAGGCAACGCCCGGUUCCUGUCCCUUGUCGCUCAAAAACGCAAGGAACGAGAAGAGCGGGAAAAGGCCGAGGCUGAAAAGAAGGCCGAAAGAAGAGCCAAGAUAGAGCAGCAUUUCAGUUCUGAGGUUCUUUCCGGCGAAGAAAGCGGCGCUGAUGACCCGGGAUCUGCGCACAAGCUUUCCCAAAGAGCUCGCCAGCCUCGAAAGGCCAGUAAGAAGGCAUUGGAUGAGAUGAGACAGGAAACACAGCGCAUGAGCCGUAAUAUGCAAUUGGCUCAUCAGGCUCAAACAAAGAAAAAGAUCACCAAGGAGAGCCUGUUCGCUCGUUUCAACUUCAUGCAACCUGAUCCUCCGACAAACCAGGCUGCAGCAAACUCGUCUACGAAUAACUCACAAGUUACGACCGAUGGGGAAACAUACACUCAGAAUAAAGAUACCCCGCAUACUUCUCCGCCCCGUCCAUCAGAUCAAAGCAAACCUGCCGUCGGCGUUGACAACAGUCAGGCUGACAUCGAGAUGGAGGAUGAUGAUAAUGAAUCCCUUCGUGACAUCAAUGACAUGAACGACUUGGUGGCCCUGUCCAAGCAGGAACGUGCGAAACCGCCAUUAGAACCUGCAGCAAAGGUCGCAUCUCCUCGAACAGACAAUACAAAGCCCAAACGAGCUCCAUCCUCUACGCAACGUCCUGUCAAUGUAAGGAUAUCCAGACAACAAAUUGCCGAGCGCCAGAAAAACGAUGACUCGGAUGAAGAGCUUGAGAUCGUCACGUCUCCUAGCAACAUUCGAAAACUUGCCAACCCGACAGAAGCAAGAAAGCCCCGCUAUGCUCAAAUUGAAGGCUUUGGCCCACUUGACAACAAAAGGGAGGGGGACUCCAUGAGCCCCGGAGAACUUUCCGCCAGUCUCUUGCGCCGUGCCAGACAGCAAGCCGCCAAGGAGCGCAAGGAGCGUAUUGACGAACUACGAGCUAAAGGUGUUGUAAUCGAGACUGCUGAAGAGCGUGCUGCGAUGGAGGAUGACAUGGAGAACCUUGUCGAGAAAGCACGCAAGGAAGCGGAUGAAAUUGCCCGGCUGGAACGGGCUGCUAAGAAGAAAAACAACGGCGAGGAUGAUGAGGAUGAGGAUGAUGACUACCAACUCUCUGGCUCUGAUGAAGAUGAGACCCACAACAACGAGGAAGGUGAAUAUGAAGAUUCAGACGAAAACGACAGUAUCAACGGCGGGGACGUGUUAGAGCAGGAGGCAGAGGAGGCCGACGACGAGAGCGAUACUGUACCUUCAGACGCAGAGGAGCAGCCUUCCGCCCGGCGAAAGCGCCCAACCCGGGUCAUCAGCGAUGACGAGGACGAGGACGAAGAUCAAGUCCAUGUGCCAUCAACGCCGAUCAGACCAUCAAGCCACGUUCCUCAGUCGGCCGAACGUCCCAAAUUCCCAGCUGGAAUGGGAACCCCGGGUGAUAUGUCUCUCGGCCUUACACAGGCUUUUGCUUCCACAUUGGAUGGCAAUGGCUUUGCCAGUCAAGCUGGCUCUUCCACCAUCCCCUUCUCCUUGCCUGACCCUGGCCAGCCUGUAGCGCAACUUCGCAAAGAGGAUUCUGAAAUCCUUGCACCAGACAGCCAACCUCAGGGAAAUGAAAAGGACAUGAUCGACAAUUAUACUCAGAAUGUCACUCGCAUCUCAGAGUCACCCGCCCCUUACGCAUUCUCGGAGUAUUCCCAGUCCCAGCUUCCCGACCCGACCCAGGAUGAAGGCUUUGUCUUCUCGCCCUUCGACCCCGCCAAACGAUUCAAAGACACACCGCCAAUGUCCACAGUGGAUACUGUUCUCGUGGGUCAGACUCAAUCGCCCGUCGCAGAUCGCAAGCGCAAGAUGCUUCGACGAGGGCGUGCGGCGGAACUACCUCAGGCUGACGAACAAGAGGGAGACUUCGAGAUCAACCCGAAUGCUUUCAAUGUCAUGAAAAAGGCAAAGGCCGAGAGGAAGCGGACUGAGGAGUAUGACAAGAAAAACAGCAAGGCAAAAAACGUUGUUGAUGAAGCUGCGGAAGAGUCUGAGGAUGAGUACGCUGGUCUUGGUGGCAACAGCGAUGAGAGUGACGGCGAAGAAAAUGCCAUUGAUCGACAGAUGAUCAAUGAUAACAGCGGCGAAGUGGUAGAUGAAAAGCAACUUGCUGCACUCAAUGCUGUCCAUGAUCGUAACCGUGAUGAAAAGGAUGUUGCAAAGCUGAUGCGAGACAUUACCACUGGAGCUUUACGCCGUCGCAAGAAUGCGGAUGACGAUCUCGAUCUCGAUGACUCUGAUGACGAGCACUUAGCUCGUCGUCGCGAAAAGCAACGCGAAUUCGCAAAGAUGCGUCGCGCCCUGCUCGCAGAUGAGAAGAUUGGCGAGAUUGCCGAGAAUCCCAAAAAAGCAGCCUUUUUCAAGGCCGUUGAGGAUCGUGAAGUCGAUGACGAUUUCAAUAUCGACUUCCUCGAGGAAGAGCAAGGCGCCUCCCAAGAUCAAUCUCAAGACACACCUUCCGAAGAGCAGUCAAAUGAUUCAGACAACAAGCUCAAGCGACCUCUCGAGCCAACUACUGAAGAUGCAACCAACAGACCUCCGCCUCAUCUCCGUCGCACUCGUCCAAGUGCAGCGUCCAAGAAACCAGCUACCCUCGCGGAGAUUCGUGAAACAUUGUCUUUCCUGACUGAAACACCAGAAUACGACUCUUUCCGUGACGAUGCAUCUCUCGAUGAGGAAGAGCACAAUGAAAGUGAAGAGACACCUGGGGAGGCUCAGGCAGAAGAGGAUUCGGAAGACACCACCUUCGCCAAGCCCAGCCACCCACGCCGCACCCGAGGAGUCGUCGUCGACCGACUUGCCCUUCUUCGUCAAGCAUCAUCUAACUCCGCGAACACGAAUCCUGGCCAAAACUCUAAGGUUGCAUUCCAUAACACUGGCGGUGGUGAGGGACCCAUCGGCUUCCGUCCACCUCAACUCCUUCGUCGCGUGACAACUGGCGGAUCAUCUUCUAGUAGCUCCAGCACAUCCAACCGCGUUUCCAAAGCUGCGGCUUCAGGUCCAAAGAAGGGCGGUGCAGUCAAUUCAUACACAGCUGCGCGUGAGCGCGAACGCGAGAAGGAACUUCGCCUCAAGGAACGCAGUGGCGGCUCAAACAUUGCCAAGCUGCUGGGCAAGCACACUGGCGGUGGCUUGAGUGCCUUGGGCAAGGGCCAAUGGGAUUGA